AUGGAGAGCAGGGCAAGGAUCUCGAUCACAACCUUUACGGGAGAAAGAUAUGCCGGGGUUCUCUGUGGGUACACGCCCGGCAGAUGCAUUGUUCUGACAGAUGUGGUCCGAAGACAUGCAGGGCAGACCGAUGACGAGAUGAAUGUCUUUGUAUAUCCUCGGAUGAAAUUCAGAGUGGAGAACAUUGUGGAGAUCGGGGUUGCAAGGGGUCUUGAUGGGGCGGGAAGAGAGACAGACCACUUGGUGCUGGAGAGCUUAGGGCAUGGGGAUGCCGAAGCUAGGGAUGGUGUCAAAGGAGAGCUCUCUGGCGUGGAUGUAAGGCCUGUAAUGCAUGGAAGAGACAGGGUCGAGGCGGUGAGGAGGGCUCUAUGUGUGAACAGAAGCCCCAGAGUAGAGCAGUUGUCCAAAAGGCUAGAGAUUGAAUCUGCGCCCAGAGUGGGGACCAGGCAUGCAGAAUGA